UUUAUUUAUUUAUUUUCUCCACUUAAACAUGAUUGAACAAUCAAUAAGUUGGGUCUACCCCCUCCCCCGGGAUGGUGGGGGAAGAAGAUGUUGGACGUCAAUAUGGUUUGCCCGGCGGCUGGCGGUGGUGGUGGCGGUGGCUCAGCAGACAAACUUGGAAUACAUGUUGGUGUUAGAUGUUGAUAGAUUGGUUUGGAGCUUUAGGAAGACAGCCGGUUUGCCCACUCCUGGCGAGCCACAUGGAGGUUGGGAAGAUCCUAACACCGAGCUCCGGGGUCAUUUUGUAGGACAUUACCUGAGUGCAACAGCUUUAAUGUGGGCGAGCACUCAUAAUAAUGCUGUCAAAGAGAAAAUGAAUGCGGUAGUUUCUGCUCUCGCGGCUUGUCAGAAUAAAAUCGGUACAGGGUAUCUUUCUGCUUUCCCAGAUGAGCUUUUUGACCUAUUGGAACAUGUACAGCCUGUGUGGUCACCAUACUACACUAUUCACAAGAUAUUGGCAGGUCUGUUGGACCAAUACACAUUAGCGGGUAAUGAUCAAGCUCUGAAAAUGAUGAUUCGCAUGGUGGAAUACUUUUUUAAGCGUGUGCAAAAUGUGAUAUCAAAUUAUAGUAUAGAAAGACACUAUCAAACACUAAAUAUAGAAGUUGGUGCCAUGAGUGAUGUCCUUUAUGAGUUAUACAGCAUAACGCAUGAUCAAAAGCAUUUAUUGUUGGCUCAUCUUUUUGACAAACCCUGUUUCCUAGGAAUCCUGGCAGUAAAGGCUGAUGAUAUAGGUGGUUUUCAUGCUAACACACAUCUUGCACAUGUUAUUGGAGCUCAAAGGCGGUAUGAAGUUACUGGUGAUCCACUUUACAGGGACAUGACAACAUUUUUCAUGGAUAUUCUCAACUCUUCUCACACCUAUGCAACUGGAGGGACAUCACGUGGCGAGUUCUGGACUGACCCAAAGCGACUGGCAACUUCUCUGAGCACGGAAACUGAAGAAUCAUGUGCAACUUAUAACAUGCUAAAGAUCGCACGCAACCUGUUUAGAUGGACCAAAGAUAUCAAAUAUGCAGAUUAUUACGAGCGAGCUCUGACCAAUGGUGUGCUGGGCAUCCAAAGGGGAAAGGAUCCAGGAGCAAUGAUCUAUACGCUGCCACUAUGCCAUGGAUGUUCUAAGGGCAAAAGCUUGCAUGGAUGGGGAACAAAGUACGAGUCUUUUGUCUGCUGCCAGGGGACAGGACUCGAGUCAUUCUCGAAGUUAGGAGAUUCGAUAUACUUUGAAGAAGAGGGGAAAGCUCCGGGGCUUUACAUCAUCCAGUACAUAUCAAGCACAGUUGAUUGGAAAUCUGGGAAGAUUUUGAUAAAUCAGGCUGUAAAACCUGUUGUUUCUUGGGAUUCUCGUCUUCAAGUGACAAUAACAAUCUCCUUGAAGGAGAAAGGGGCAAGCCAAUCAUCUACUAUAAAUUUGCGAAUUCCAAAUUGGGCACCGGCAAAUGGUGUUAAGGCAACUUUAAAUGGCCAGGGUUUGCCUCAACCAACUCCAGGUAAAUUUCUAUCAGUCACUAGACAAUGGAAUUCUGGUGACAAAAUCACUCUUGAACUGCCCCUCAGACUUAGAACCGAGGCCAUUAAAGAUGAAAGGUCUAAAUUUGCCAGCAUUCAGGCAAUUCUUUAUGGCCCCUACCUUCUAGCUGGUAUGACAAGAAAAGACUGGAAAAUUAAAACAGGAAAAUCUAAGUUCCUCUCGGACUGGAUUACUCCAAUUCCGGCAGCAUAUCAUUCUAAUUUAAUUUCCCUUUCCCAUGGUUCUGGGAAGUCAGCGCUUUUAUUAACAAACUUAGUCCAACAUAUAAGCAUGGAGUCCUUUCCUUCGCCCGGCACUGACAAAUCUUUACGGACCACUUUUAGACUCGUCUUAAAGGACUCAGCUACUGGUUCCCUGAAAUGUUUUGCACCAAAAGAUGCUAUUGGGAAAUUGGUCAUGCUAGAACCAAUUAAUUUUCCAGGCAUGGUUGUGGCGCACCAAGGAACUAAUAGAAACCUUAUAGUUGCAGCUCCAGACAAUAAUAAUUCUGUUUUCCACUUGGUUGCCGGAUUGAAUGGGAAGCCCGGAACAGUUUCAUUAGAGUCUGGUAGCCAGAAGGGUUGCUUUGUGUAUUAUGGGGUUACUGGGGGGAAAUAUAGCGCUGUUAGAACCAUCAAGCUCCAAUGCCAAUCUGCUGGGGCACCACCAGAUGCUGGAUUUAAGGAGGCAGUCAGCUUUGUGCUGAAUAACGGAACAAGUUCGUAUCAUCCUAUCAGUUUUGUGGCAAAAGGGACCAAUAGGAAUUUCCUUUUGACUCCAUUUUACAACUUCAUAGAUGAAUCUUAUACACCAUACUUCAACAUCACAGUUUAAAAAACUUCAACAAUGGUUGAAGCGAUAGUCUGAUAAGAAUUUUCUGUUGCUCUGCUUCUGUAAGGUGUCAAGUGGCAAUUUCGCUUUAUAAUGCCUAUUCAAUUGCUUAUGUACAUUGGCCAAGUUGUACAGCUUAUCAGCUUAAAGGUUGGUUUUAAAGCUUGUCUCUCGAUAUAAUUUUGUUUAUCUUAUUCUACUGGUUGCUAAUUAACUACCACCAGCCUUGUGUUCAAUUGUUCCAAAUAGGUUUCCUAUAUGAAAUUAUAGUCCACGAGGUUUGUCAAUAUUUCACAGACUCCCUCUACAUUUCAUAAUCCCACGUACUUCCCUUCUAGUGUGUUAUUUCAUUGUUUUGCCCAUAAAAU